AUGGCGCCGCCCUUCGUGUUCCCCUCGACCCUCCGGGAUCUGGAGCGGGAUGACGCCGACGUAGGCGACGGCGAGCCGGCCCUCCGCCCGCAAAACCCCGUCGCCGUCGGGGCGCUCCGCGCCGCCGACCUCGAGGAGUUCGUCAAAGGCACAUCGUUUGACCUCUCUGACAAGGAACUCUUCUGCAUCGAGGAGCAAGAUGUGUUUGACCGCGUCUAUUCCCUUGUUCGUGACUUCACUUGCUUGCCCCCUGCCCUCAAGUUCAACCUUGUGGAGACCUUGCGCUCCAAUCUCAGCGUACUCCUUCCGAAUAUAGACUCCCUUUCAAGAGCUUCCAUGUCAUCCCCUUCUGAUGGGGUGCCAAUCACUGACCGCAUUGCUUCACACCGGAAUGCCUUCAAGAUUUACUCCUUCUUCCUCCUCUCUGUUGUUGUUGCCGAGGAAUCAGCAGCUGAUAAUUGCAACGGCCCCAAGGUGGCGGUGCAUGGCCGGAAGAAGAAUCCUGUAUAUGCUUGGAACUGGGAAGCACAAAGAGGCCGUAUCAUGAAUCUUAUUGCUAAUUCACUUGAAGUUGACCUUUCAUUACUCUUUGGUCCAGGCGGUGCUGAUGAACAAUAUCUCUCUUUUGUUUCAAAGUGUACUUUUGUUCUCUGUGAGAAUCAAAAUGUGCUAAAAGAUGAGGAAACACGAAACAGCCUGUGUCGAAUAAUUGGUGCAAUUGCUACGAAACAUCAAAGGAUAUCUCAAACAAGUGCAUCUGUUUCGUAUUUGAUUCAUAAAUUUGAUUUCACUGUCGUGCUUCUUGUGGAAGCAGUUGUUAGUGCAGAGAAAAGGUUUGGUGAUGGAAGCCUUGCAAUUUCGCUGAUAAGGGAAAUAGGUCGGACUGACCCCAAAGAUUAUGUAAGAGAUAGUGGUGGUGCUGACAAUGUUGGGAGAUUCUUAGUAGAACUUGCAGACCGCUUGCCAAAGCUCAUGUCAACCAAUCUUGGUGUUCUGAUACCUCAUUUUGGUGGGGAAUCAUACAAGAUUAGAAAUUCGCUUGUUGGAGUCUUGGGAAAGCUGGCUGCAAAGGCUUUCAAAGAUGUUGAAGGCGAUAGCAACUCCCAUUCGUUAAGGCUCCGAAGUAAGCAUGCUAUGCUGGAAAUUUUGAUUGAACGUUGCCGAGAUGUGUCAGCAUAUACGAGGAGUCGUGUACUUCAGGUAUGGGCAGAGCUGUGUGAAGAAAAUGCUAUUUCAAUUGGCCUGUGGAAUGAAGUGGCAUCAGUUGCUUCGGGUAGACUGGAGGAUAAGAGUGCAAUUGUGAGAAAAUCAGCACUGCAACUACUCAUCACAAUGCUGCAGCACAAUCCUUUUGGGCCUCAACUAAGGACUACAACCUUUGAGGCAACUCUAGAAAAGUACAAGGAGAAAUUGCAAGGAAUGGAGCCUCCUUCUCCAGAUAAAGAUGAACUUGUGAAUGAUUCUUCACUGGGUGAAGUGAUUGCAGGCCAGGAUGAGAGUGUCAGUGAUAGCUGUUUACCUUCUAGUCAAGAACAGAAGGAUCAAGAUCCCACGAUUGUGGAUAUAACAAACUUGGAACAGAUCAGAGCUUUAGUCGCAUCACUUGAGGCUGGCCUACGGUUCUCGACAUGUAUAACUUCACUAAUGCCAACUCUUGUCCAGCUGUUGGCAUCACCUUCAGCCACUGAUGUUGAGAACACAAUUCUUCUACUAAUGAGAUGCAGACAAUUUCAGAUUGAAGGUUCAGAAGCAGCCCUCCGGAAAAUGUUACCUCUGGUAUUUUCUCAGGAUAAGUCGAUAUACGAAGCUGUGGAGAGUGCAUUUAUCACUAUAUACGCAAGGAAAAGUCCCACGGAAACAGCCAAAAGUUUAUUAAAUCUUGCCAUUGAUUGCAGCAUUGGUGACCUUGCUGCCCUUGAAAGCUUAGUUAGUUCAUUGGUAUCAAAAGGAGAAAUUUCAUCCAGCACGGUGUCAGCUCUGUGGGAUUAUUUUUGCUUUCACAUCAAUGGUGUGAGGCCAGUGCAAAGCCGUGGAGCUUUAUCAAUUCUAUGCAUGGCGGCAAAGUCGUCUCCCAGCAUUUUGGGUACCCAUUUGCAAGAUAUUAUUGAUAUUGGGUUUGGACGCUGGGCUAAGGAGGAGCCUCUGCUUGCUAGAACCGCAUGCCUCGCCCUGCAAAGAUUAUCCAAAGAAGACAAAGUCAAAUUAACUAGUACUAGCAGUAGAGUUUUUGCUGCAUUGCAAGGCCUGAUAACUAGCCUCUCACUUCCUGAGAAAAUAUGGUAUGGAGCCGCAGAUAAAGCUAUAAGUGCCAUCUAUGCCUUACACCCAGCACCUGAAACCUUUGCUGCUGAGAUUGCAAAGAAAUCGCUCAAUUCUGUAUUCAGUGUCUUAGGAACGGACUGCAUGUCAAAUGAAAAUGAAACUCAGAAUGGUUCCAUGCUGUCAUCAAUACCAGCCACAAAGCUGGGCAGGUUUCUUUUCAUUAUUAGUCAUAUAGCACUGAAUCAUUUGGUUUACAUUGAAACUUCUGUUAAGACAAUUCAGAAACAGAAAAGGAAGAAUGACAAAUCAGAGCCUACCACUGAGGAUCUUCAGGCAAAUGCCUCCAAAAAUUCGGAGGCACGAGACAUAAAUGCUGAGUUGGGACUUGGUGCAACGGCAGAUAUUGCAAUAGAGUCCCUGGCUGAAAAGGCAGAAAGGGAGAUUGUGUCCAGUUCUUCUCAAAAGAAUCUUAUUGGAUACUCUGGACCAUUUCUUGCAAAACUCUGCAGGAACCUGACUUUGCUGCAAAAGUUUCCAGAUUUACAGGCCUCUGCAAUGCUUGCUCUUUGCAGACUAAUGAUUAUUGAUGCAGAAUUCUGUGAAGCAAAUCUUCAGAUUCUGUUUACUGUUGCUGAGAGCGCACCUUCUGAAAUUGUCCGAUCCAACUGCACUAUAGCUCUUGGUGAUUUAGCAGUUCGCUUUCCAAACCUCUUAGAACCUUGGACAGAGUACAUAUAUGCCCGACUGCGUGAUCCUUCAGCAUCUGUGAGGAAGAACGCUGUGCUUGUCAUUUCUCAUCUUAUAUUGAAUGAUAUGAUGAAGGUUAAAGGCUUUAUUAAUGAAAUGGCUGUAAGGAUAGAAGAUGAAGAUGAUAGGAUCUCAAGCCUUGCAAAACUCUUCUUUCAUGAGUUGUCAAAGAAAGGCAGCAAUCCAAUUUACAAUCUACUUCCUGAUAUCCUGGGUAGAUUGUGCAAUCAACACCUCAAGGAUGAAACAUUCUGUAAUAUCAUGCAAUUCUUGAUUAGCUCUAUUAAAAAGGACAAACAAAUGGAAGCUCUCGUGGAUAAGCUCUGCAAUAGAUUUGCCGGUGUAAAUGAUGUUAGGCAGUGGGAGUAUAUAUCGUAUUGCCUUUCUCAGCUAACUUUCACUGAGAAGGGUUUGAAAAAACUAGUUGAUAAUUUCAAGAUUUUUGAGCAUGCAUUAUCUGAAGAUUCUGUGAUGAACCACUUCAGAAGCGUGAUAGCAAAGUGCAAGAAGUUUGCCAAACCAGAUCUCAAAGUUUGCAUUGAGGAAUUUGAUGAAAAACUCAGCAAGGUUCAUCAGGAAAAGAAAGAGCAAGAGGCCACAACCAGGAAUGCGGAGGCACACAAACAGAGAGUUGGUUCACUUGAAGGAUUCAUGGUAACCAAGGAAACUGCACUAGACGAUGGAAAAUCUGCUGAAGCAGAAACCAGUGAGAUAAUUGAUCCAUCAUUGGAUAACUACUCUGAAGAUAAGGAGAACACACCAGAAUGCAGUGACAAUAUUUGUUCAGAAAACAAUCAUACAUCAUCCACGUUUACUGAAUCCGAAGAUGACAGCACAGAAGUUCAAUCAGCGCGAACUUCUCACAGAGGCGCGUCAUGUUCAAGGGUAAAUAAAAUGAGAGAACCGGAAGACUCAGAAGACAGUGCUCCAAUUAGACGUGUGGCUCGUAGGAGACCAGCAAGGUGAUGCUGCAACCUCAGGUAUAGAGCAGCUCCUGCAGAAAUGUAAUAUGAACCAAGUGGCAACAGCUCUCUGGGAAGAUCUCACCUUGAGAUCCUGGAUUUCUGAAGCAACCGGCCCUCGUGCUUUUGUCCCAACCAGAAACUUUAUCUAAAGCUGAUAUAUUUUGUUGAAACAUAGUGUUUAUAAGCCUUCUUUGACCUGCUAAACCUUGGCCAGCUCCAGGGAGCGGUUUGCUGGCUGCUGAUAUUCAUUGCAAGGAUCACUUGUAUUUCAUCUAGUAGUUUGCCUCUGAUUGAUAAUCUGGUCUUUGGAACUUGGUAUAGAGUCUCCUUACCCCUUUGCCGUUCUUUUCCGUUAUAAUUCUGCUGCUUGUACAAACCUAUUACCCAUUUACCCGCUUGGUCUAAUUGAAUCUAGAAGCUAGAUUAUUU